GCACCGCUUGAAGUCACCACGAAAGCUGUAUGUUGGCUGGCUUCCCGCUUCGACGCGCCACCGGACGGAUUUAAGAUGUUAAAUCGGAACCUAUCUCCGCAAGCAACCGAGUCGAGUCUGGAACGAGGUGGAAGCCAAAAUACCCGACAAGCGGGGCCGCGCACGACCACAUGGCGAGGUCAAGAUGAGGUAUAAGUAACCGUCUUGUUUGCCGCAUUGAGCUAUGCCAUCGUCAUUGUUUAAUAAAGGAGCACUUGAUACAGGUUCAGACUUGCAACCACAGACCUUGAAACAUGGCCUUCCACUACAAACGCGUCCUUCUUAUUGGGGCCACCUCCGGAAUUGGAGCGGCUAUGGCCGACAAGCUCAUACUCGAGGGCGCCAAGGUCAUCGCCGUUGGGCGUCGCCAGGAGAGGCUGGACGCUUUUGUUCAAAAGCAUGGCUCAGAAAAGGCCAGUAGUGUCCGGUUUGAUGUGAAUGAUAGAGCCGGCAUGGAUGCCUUUGUCGAGGGGAUCGUGAGCAACUACCCGGACCUUGACUGUGUCGUUCUCAACUCGGGGAAGCAGAGCCUAUUUCGGCUCUCUAAACCGGCCGAGGUCGAUCUGGAUGCCUUUCACGAAGAGAUGAACACCAAUUUUUCUCGGCUGGUGGAUUUGUCCAUGAAGUUCCUUCCCCAUCUGCUGCAGAAGCCGUUCCCCACGGCGUUGGUCGUGACGGGCACCAACCUCGCCAUCAUUCCGGCCGUCCUGAUGCCGGCAUACUCAGCCUCGAAAGCCGCAUUGAAUGCCUUUGUCAUGUGUCUCCGUCGUCAGAACCAGGGUUCAAAUACCAAGAUCAUCGAGAUCUGGCCUCCUCUCGUCCAGACGGAGCUCCAUGAUUACAUGGGGCCAGAAGUCGGUCGGGCCAUGGGAAUGCCUGUUGCAGAAUUCAUCGAGAAGACAUGGGCGCAGCUCACAGCGGGGUCUGAACAUGUUAUUGUCGGUGGUUUUGGGUCGGAGGAAGCUUAUAGGGGGAUGGUGAAGCAGCGCAGCGAUACUUUUGAGGCUGUGUCGGGAAUGUUGCUAAAGAACUUUGGGUCCAAGGUGUGA